GCGGAGCCGGGCCGUGCCGGGGAGGUCCCGCCGCCGCCGCCGCCGUCGCCCACCGGGACGCGACCCCCGGGGCACCUGCCCCGCGCCUACCGGGUGCGUCCGCGGCACGACCGGGAGAGACCCUCGGCCCUCCCCGGCGGCGGGGCGGGGGUUAAGGACCACGGGGCGGUGGCAGGCAUAGAGCCACGCGUGGCUCCCGCGGCGUGGGAGCCCUCCUCGGUGGGCGGGGAGGGGGAGACGGAGCCGGGCAGGCGCUGGCAGACCUCCAGCCUUGGAGGAAAAAUCCCGUCGGGGGGCCCCUGAGGCUGUCCCCCACUUGGGGGGAAUCGGGAUGCCUGCGGAAAAUCCCGGGUUUCUUGCAAUGCCCCAUUUGGGAAGGUUUUUUUAAAUGCAAAAACUGGUUCUGUGGCCAGAGCUGGUUUGUGCUGAAACUGUGGCCGGUCCAGCACACCCUGUUCUGAAGAAGGGAUGCAGCUGGUGCUGGGGUGGAGCGGGCAGGAUGGAUGCCCUCGGGAUCACCACGGGUCACCCAGCUCCUGGGUCGGGACAGGAGGAAACCAGAAAGGACGCGGGAGCUCUGCAGAGGGCGAGGAGAAGGGAUUCUUCCCAAUGCCUGGGUUGGGAUGGGUUGGUGGUGACCCUGGCCCGGGUAUGGAGAGGUGGCCUGGGGUGGCUGGCUGCCAGGAGGGUGGCAGGGGCAGGGUGGGGCGAUCCCAGCAUCGCCGCCUUCCCUGGCAAGCAGCUUUUCAGCAAUCACAGCUGAAACUUAAACAAACCAUAAAGCCUGCGCGCUGGCACUGUGUGGCUGGGCCCCGUGGCAGACGUGGGUGCAUGGAGGUGCCGAGGACAGGGUUCCUGCUGGAGCUGCCACGAUGGAGCUGGGGAAUGUUUCACAGCCCACGUACGGCCCUGGCCCUGAAGCGCCGGGGAGCAGCGUGCCGGGCCUGGUGGGGAUGGUGCACGGCUUUCUGCGGCUGGUGCAGCCCAACGCCCUGCCCAUAGAACUGAUCACAGAUUUUGGGCAGUCUCAGAGUGAGGAGGCCAUCGGGGAGCAAGUCCAGGAGCUGCUGCUCUACGAACUGGGUUUCCUGGUAUGCAUGGCCAUCGGGCUCCUCUUCAUCAUCCUCGUGCCCCUGGUGGGAUGCUGCUUCUGCUGCUGCCGCUGCUGCGGGAACUGCGGGGGCCACAUGUACCAGAAGCAGGGCCGGCGGAUGGGCUGCCGGCGCCGGGUGCUCUGGGCCUGUGUCCUGCUGGUCUCUGCUCUCCUCCUGGCCGGUGAUGUCUGCGCCUUCGUCAGCAACACCCGCUUCUCCCAGGCUGUGUGUGGAACCUUCCCCAACGUCAACAACACCCUGGACGAUGUCCGCAUCUACGUGGCCUCCAUCCCCCAGCAAAUCAAUUUUGUCAUCGAUAGCAGCGACGUCCCACUGGGUCUCGCCAACCGCAGCCUCCAGGACAUUGGGCCCAGCCUGGGUGGCAUGAUCGUCUUGGGCAUCAGGAGGAGCACGGACGGGGCUCUGGGAUCCCUCCAGAGCCUCUUGCAAGGGAUGCAGACGCUGGUGGCCGCCUUCGGCAGCAUCGCCAGCACUCGCUCGCGCCUCGAGGAGCUGCAGAGAAACUACAGCCGGCGGCUGGCCAGCCUGCAGGACGGCCUCAACCAGACCCUGCAGCGCUGCGGCCACCCCUGCGGCAGCGUGUCCCUGGACGGCCUUGCCUUCAGCGCCAACUUCAGCACGAUCCCCGGUGUGGAGCGGCAGCUGGAGGCACUGGGUGAUGUGUCUGGCUCCAACAUAGCAUCCGAUUUAGAGAAGGUUAACAGCACGCUGGACACGACCCCUGCCAAGGUGCAAGAGCAGUCCCAAGACGUGGUGACAAAGACCCAGGACCAGCUGGGCCUCAUCAGGCAGGAGAUCAGAAGCUGGCAGGAGCAGUUGCCGUUCCUGGAAGUGGAGGAGAAUAUUGGGGCCUUUGUGGGCAAUGCUACGUCGGUGCUGGAGGAGUACAGGGAGCCGAUCAUCACCUUGGAUAGGCUCAGGUGGAGCAUAUGUGUCCUCCUGUGCUGCAUGGUGCUGCUGGUGGUCCUCUGCAACGUCUUUGGGCUGCUGAUGGGGCCCUUGGGGCUGAAGGAAAGUGUGCUGCCCACGCAGCGCAGCAGCCUCUCCAAUGCCGGCGGGAACUUCUUCAUGGCAGGGGUCGGCUUCAGCUUCAUCUUCUCCUGGCUGCUGAUGCUGUUGGUGCUGAUCACCUUCGUGCUGGGGGGGAACAUCUACAUGCUCAUCUGCGAGUCCUGGCGCAGCCAGCAGCUCUUCCAGCUCCUGGACACUCCUGGCCUGAUCCCUGGCUUCAACCUGUCAGAGCUGCUGGGCCAGGAGGGUGGCACAGCAAACUUCUCGGAGAUGUACAGGCAGUGCCAGCGAGACACUGCCCUGUGGCAAACGCUGCACCUGGACCAGACCGUGUCCCUGGACGAGCUCUUGAACAUCAGCCAGUACACAGGAGAGAUCUCCACGGCCUUCGAGAAGAUGAAUAUCACCCUGAGCCCCAUCUCCCUGCUCAGCCAAAGCCAGAGAGACUUGCUGCUGAAUGCCAGCCAGGCUGGGCAGCCCCCUGACUUCACCCUCACCCUGGAGCAGCUGGAUCAGAACGUGACCCAGGGAAGCCUCCUGGAUCUGGCCACGGAGCUGGAGCAGCUGGCAGACAAAGGCACGGAUGUGAAAAAGGACCUGAAGGCUGACGCUCGCAGGCUGAGGGAGCUGGACAAGGAGAUGCAGAUGAGCUUCUCUGGACCGCUGCAAAGCCUGAAGGAGAACAUCCACUCGGUGCAGAGUAGGGCUGCCCAGCUCAAGGCACAGACAAAAGCUGCGCUGGACAAAGCCAGAGAAACCCAGGAGUUCCUGGACGGGGAGACGGCAAACAUCAUCAAGAAUGAGACAUGGGCCUUCCUGGAGGAGCUGUUGGACUUCUUUGAGACCUACAUCUCCUGGGCCAAGAGCAGGCUGACAGGAGACGUGGCACGUUGCAAGCCCAUAGCUCAGACCCUGGAUAAUGUGGAGGCCAUCACCUGCAACUACAUCCUGGACUCUCUGAACACCUUCUGGUUCAGCCUGGGCUGGUGCACCUUCUUCCUGCUGCCCAGCAUCAUCCUGGCCGUCAGACUUGCCAAGUUUUACCGCCGCAUGGAGACCGCCGAUGUCUACAGGAAUGAAACCUUGGAGAUGCCACCCACAUUCAACUUCUACAAAAUCCCCCGACCAUCUACAAGGCAUUAGCCCCCCGUUGCCCAGGCACAGAGGAGAUGGACAAGGCUGCUUCGUCUGCUGUGCCUUUUCCCUGGGCACGAGGGAGCAGGUUGGGACCCUCCGGCUGAAACCCCCACUCCCAUUCCCAUUAUGUGAUGAUGCUCCGGUAUGUGUGGGAGGGGGGCUGCACCUUGCAUUGCCUCAGGUGCGUCUUCACACCCCCCCCCACCAGACCCCGUGAGCUCAGGGCAGCUUGUAUGGUCUAUGCCACCACAGCCUGUGCCGCUGGUCAGUGGGAACCUGCUCACCCAGGCCCCUCGCUCGAAAAACGUGACUAUUUAUUUUUGCAGGGAGCCUCUUUCCAAGGCUGUGAUUAUUGGUGUCAAACAAUAAAUGGGGCGUUUGUGCGUA